CACACUCACUACAGGACUGGGAAUUAAGAGGAGGACUCCAACCCACAAAAUGACAGAAGAUAAGGUCACCAGGACCUUGGUUUUUACUGUCUUCACUGCCGUGCUGGGUUCCUUCCAGUUUGGAUAUGACAUUGGCGUGAUCAAUGCACCUCAACAGGUAAUAAUAACCCAUUAUAGACAUGUUUUGGGUGUUCCGCUUGAUGACCGAAAAGCUAUCAACAGCUAUGCUAUCAACAGUACAGAGGAACUACCCGCAAGCCCAUUUCUAGGGGUCCCAACACCAACCCCUUGGGCUGAGGAAGAGCCUGUGGCAUCUGCUAGCCUCAUCACCAUGUUCUGGUCCCUGUCUGUGUCCAGCUUUCCAGUUGGUGGAAUGAUUGCCUCAUUCUUUGGUGGGUUGCUUGGAGACCAGCUUGGAAGAAUCAAAGCCAUGUUGGUAGCAAACAUUCUCUCAAUAGCUGGAGCUCUCUUGAUGGGGUUUUCGAAAUUGGGACCAUCUCACAUUCUUAUAAUUUCAGGAAGAGGCAUAUCAGGACUCUACUGUGGGUUAAUUUCAGGCUUGGUUCCAAUGUACAUUGGUGAAAUUGCUCCAACCACGCUCAGGGGCGCUAUUGGCGCCCUUCAUCAGCUGGCCAUUGUCACAGGCAUUCUUAUUAGUCAGAUCGUUGGCCUCGACUUUAUCCUGGGCAAUCAUGAGCUGUGGCACAUCCUGCUUGGUCUGUCUGCUGUGCCAGCUGUUUUCCAAUCUCUGCUGCUCUUCUUCUGUCCAGAAAGCCCCAGAUACCUUUACAUCAAGUUGGAUGAGGAAGCCAAAGCAAAGAAAAGCUUGAAAAGACUCAGAGGAAGUGAUGAUGUCACCAAUGACAUCACUGAGAUGAGAAAAGAAAGGGAAGAAGCAUCAAGUGAAAAGAAAGUCUCCAUAGUUCAGCUCUUCACCAAUUCCAGCUACCGACAGCCUAUUCUAGUGGCAUUGAUGCUGCACAUGGCUCAGCAAUUUUCUGGAAUCAAUGGGAUAUUUUACUACUCAACCAGCAUUUUUCAGACAGCUGGAAUCAGCCAACCUGUUUAUGCAACCAUUGGAGUUGGUGCUGUCAACACAGUUUUCACUGCUCUCUCCGUAUUCCUUGUGGAGAAGGCAGGGCGACGCUCUCUGUUUUUAAUCGGAAUGAGUGGGAUGUUUGUUUGUGCCAUCUUCAUGUCGGUGGGACUUGUGCUACUGAAUAAAUUGGCUUGGAUGAGUUACGUGAGCAUGACAGCCAUCUUCUUCUUUGUCAGUUUUUUUGAAAUUGGACCAGGCCCCAUCCCCUGGUUCAUGGUGGCUGAGUUUUUUAGUCAAGGACCACGCCCUGCUGCUUUAGCAAUGGCUGCGUUCAGCAACUGGACCUGCAAUUUCAUUAUAGCUCUGUGUUUCCAGUACAUUGCGGACUUCUGUGGACCUUAUGUGUUUUUCCUCUUUGCUGGUGUAGUCCUGGCCUUUACUCUGUUUACAUUUUUCAAAGUUCCAGAAACCAAAGGAAAGUCCUUUGAGGAAAUCGCAGCAGAGUUCCGAAAGAAGAGUGCUUCAACCAAAGCACCAAAAGCUGCUGUAGAAAUGGAAUUCCUUGGAGCUACAGAGACUGUGUAAAGAUAACCUGCUUUUUGACAGGAACAGAAACAGGAAGGAAGCAGUGUUUUUUAAAUGACAAGUUUUUUGAGAAUUCUAUAUCUACAUCUUGAAGUACUGUUUUAUUUUUUAAAGAGAUGUUAUAGGCUUUGAUCAGAAAUGUCAUCAAAUAUUACAAAGAAAGUAUUUUUUUAACUUCGAGAAUCUAUUUUGGGUGGUAAGGCUCUAUAAUUAAGUAAACCAAAAAGUCUAGCUCAUUUUGGUACACUAAAUGGAAGGACAUUCUAAUGUUCUUAGUGCUGUCCUUUACAACAAGAGUAUCCUGAAGUUGAAGCAGUUUCAGAGUUAUUGCACGUGACUAGAAACACGUGACUAGAAACCUGAAGACACAACCAAUAUUUACAUAUUU